UUUUCUCUUUAAUUUUGCACUCUCUAUAUAAUUAGAUUGUUGCAGCAGAUAAUUUAUUCUGAAUAUACCAUUCUUGAUUUUGUUUAAUUGGAUUGAGGGGUUCAAGUUUUCUAAUUCUAUACCCUUUUGUCGACCAUGAGAACCUCUCUGUAAACAGGACAAAAAAUUGUCAAAACCAUUGUCCGCUAUCUGUUGAGCAUUUUCUUGAUAUUCAAAAAGUGGAAAAAAAUCGAUUUUUUUCCACUUCAGAGAUUGUCAACUGAACUCUCUGUCCUGAAAAAGAAUAGACAGGCUCUUUUUACAUUUUUUGGAACAUGGACAGGAAAAAUGAGUAGAGUUGGUGUAAUGAGAGAAGAGGAGAAGGAAAAAUCAAUGGAAAUACAAAGAGAAGAAAUGGAAGAAGUGAGAGACUAUUCUGAAGAAGUGAAGAGAAUUCCUCCUUGGACAAAACAGAUAACAGUUCGUGGGAUUGUAGCAAGUGUUUUGAUUGGAAUUAUUUACAGUGUGAUAGUAACGAAGCUUAAUCUGACUACUGGACUUGUCCCAAAUCUUAAUGUAUCAGCUGCUCUUCUUGCCUAUGUAUUCAUACAGUCAUGGACCAAGAUUCUUAAAAAGGCCAAUUUUGUAUACACUCCUUUUACUAGACAGGAGAAUACUAUUAUUCAGACUUGUGCUGUUGCAUGUUACAGCAUUGCCGUGGGAGGUGGAUUUGGAUCAUAUCUUUUGGGAUUGAACAAGAAGACAUAUGAGCAAGCAGGAGUCGAUACAGAAGGGAAUACACCAGGAAGCCACAAGGAACCUAGUCUUGAUUGGAUGAUUGGUUUUCUCUUUGUUGUUAGCUUUGUUGGGCUAUUAGCUUUAGUUCCCCUUAGAAAGAUCAUGAUAAUUGACUAUAAAUUAGCUUAUCCAAGUGGGACUGCAACUGCUGUUCUUAUCAAUGGGUUUCAUACUCCCAAGGGAGAUAAAAUGGCCAAGAAACAGGUUAAAGGGUUCAUGAAAGUUUUCUCAAUGAGCUUCUUAUGGAGUUUCUUUCAGUGGUUUUAUUCUGGUGGAGAUCAAUGUGGAUUUGCCCAAUUUCCCACGUUCGGAUUGAAAGCUUGGAAACAAUCAUUUUACUUCGAUUUCAGCAUGACUUAUGUUGGAGCUGGAAUGAUCUGUUCCCACUUAGUGAACUUGUCUUUGCUUCUCGGAGCUGUUCUCUCUUGGGGGAUCAUGUGGCCUCUAAUUGGUGAACGCAAAGGAUCUUGGUUUCCUGCAACUUUACCGCAGAGCAGUAUGAAGAGUCUAAGUGGUUACAAGGUUUUUAUCUCCAUUGCUCUCAUCCUGGGAGAUGGCCUAUACAAUUUUGUCAGGACACUUUUUUUCACUGGUAGAAGCAUAUAUGUCUCCCUGAAAACAAGGAGGCCCGAAUCAUCAGCCGCAGCAGACAACAAGAAUCAGCCCCUUGAUGAGCUGCAGAGAAACGAAAUAUUCAUAAGAGAGAGCAUUCCCUUAUGGCUAGCUUGUAUUGGUUACAUGGUUUUCUCCCUUAUCUCCAUCAUUGUCAUUCCACUCAUGUUCCCGGCAUUGAAGUGGUAUUACGUGCUCGUUGCCUACAUUCUUGCACCAGCUUUGAGCUUCUGCAAUGCUUAUGGUGCUGGUCUAACGGACUUGAAUAUGGCAUACAAUUAUGGCAAGGUGGCUCUCUUCGUGCUUGCUGCAUUAUCUGGUAAAGAGAAUGGUGUUGUAGCCGGACUUAUUGGAUGUGGACUUAUUAAAUCCAUUGUUUCUAUAUCUUCUGACCUGAUGCAUGAUUUCAAGACGAGCCACCUCACCCUCACUUCCCCGCGUUCCAUGCUACUAAGCCAAGCUAUUGGGACUGCCAUUGGCUGUGUGGUAGCACCUCUUACAUUUUUCCUAUUCUACAAAGCUUUUCCUGUAGGAGAUCCCAAUGGAGAUUACAAAGCUCCUUAUGCUAUCGUCUAUAGGAACAUGGCAAUCUUAGGUGUUGAAGGUUUCUCUGCACUGCCCAACCAUUGCUUGCAGCUGUGUUAUGGUUUCUUUGCCUUUGCGAUAAUAGCCAACUUGGUGAGAGACAUAACCCCGGAAAGAUUCGGGAAAUGGGUUCCUCUCCCAAUGGCUAUGGCUGUGCCUUUCCUUAAUAACGCUUCCUUUGCAAUCGAUAUGUGUGUGGGCAGUUUGAUUGUAUACGUAUGGCAUAAGCUCAACAGCAAGAAGGCGAGUUUGAUGGUUCCUGCAGUCGCUUCAGGCUUGAUUUGUGGUGAUGGAUUAUGGAUUCUUCCAUCAGCACUACUUGCUUUAGUCAAAGUUAAACCACCAAUUUGUAUGGCUUUUACAGUAGGACAGACAUAGUGAAAUAUCCUGAUUCUUGAAACCAGUGAGUAGGUGUUUGCAGAAAGCAUUAGAAGUAUAGAAAUCAUCAAUGAGAUAGCUGAUAAACGUACUUUUAGGAUGUUCUUAGCAAAGAGUUUUGUCAAGUACGAGAAUACCUAAUCUUAUGUUAGCCAAAAAAAAAAGGCAGGAACUAAAACAUUCAACUUCUGUUGACGGCCUGAAAUGCUACUGAAAUGUCUUUCCAGUUGACAGUGAAAGCGCGGGAUUGACAAGCCUCAAGAGAGUGGAUGUCAAGAAAAGCAGAACUAGAGGGAAUAGGAUUAUCUAACCAAACAAAUGAAUGAAUGAAAUAAAGGACGGUGGCUUUUGUGAACCAGAAACUUCUUUUUAUUCUGAUAUAGAAAUGGAAAAGAUUACUUGCUAAGUUUGUGAGCAAGAAUAAUAUUGUUAAUGAUGAA